GCCAUUUUAGAUGGGUGUCCAUUCGCCCCCGUGCCUUCACCUGCACUGAGGAAGGAGCUUAGCUAACUAAAAACACACUUUAUCAAGCGUUUUCACACAAUCAGACACGUGGUACGGCACGAUAAUUAAAAUAUAAUUAUCAUUAAACAACAUAAAUAAUAUAGCAAUUGUACGCCGGUUGUUAGAACCGACCCAUUCAAUAUGGCGGCGACAGUCAGCGUUUUCAGCGUCUACGUUUUCAUGUCUAUGCUUCUGACGACCCAUGAGCCGACCAGAAAGGGAGCGGAAGAAGAUAAAAGGCGGAAGCUGCUAGCAGAGCUAGGUUGUUGCUCUUCUUUCGUUGUCCUGGAGCUCCGUCACGCAGUGGAUUGAAGAGGUUCCCUCUAUCAGACUCGCUCAUCUGAGUUGGUCAUGAUGCAGGAUCGCUGCUCGCUCUCUCAUCCAUCCUGCUCACACUCUCCGACGGAAAAGGCCCGAAUCUGAAUGUGACUCUGGAGGAAAAAGCGGUUAGCUCUACUCCGUGAACUCUGCUGUUAGCUAAACACGGCUAAAGAAAACCUGCUACCACUUCAGGAUCAUCCAUCAGCUGGGACUGCUUCAUCAGCAUGGACACAGAUGUUUACCGGGUGGUGCUGGUUAAAGAAGAAGCUUCUGAUGAGGACCAGCAGGACCCACAACACCUCCACAUAAAGGAUGAGCUCUGGACCAGUCUGGAGGGAGAGCAGCUCCAUCUGAAGGAGGAGACGGAUGCUGCCAGGUUUCCAUUCACUGUAGUUACUAUCAAGAGUGAGGAUGAUGAAGAGAAACCUCUGAUCUCACAGCUUCAUCAGCAGCAGAUAGAAGACAGAGAUGUUCCAACCAGCAGCUCAGCUGGUGGAGGAGCAGGAACUAGCAGGAACCCAGGUCUGAACCCUCAUGAACAUGCAGUACAUUUUUCAGAGACUGAAGUUAGUGUGAGUGAUGAAGAGGAUGAUGAUCUUAAUCUAGACUCUGAGCUGUCAGACUCUGGAGACGGAGACAAAGAUGGGAGUGAGAGCAGGUCUUCUGAGUCGGAUGUUAAGACUGUUAACAAGUCCUUUAGCUGCUCUGAGUGUGGUGAACAGUUUCUCCACAAGGGGACUCUCCAGAAACACCAGCGAGUGUUGGGUCAUUCGGCAACAAGGUCUUCAGGCUGUGUGGUUAAUAAGAAGUGUGUUGGAGUUUCACAACAUGUAGACUCGGGCAGGAAAGUGCAGAAAGACCCAAAAUCAUUUAGUUGUGACGACUGUGGAAAAAUAUUUAGUAAUAGGAAAAGUUUAAACAGACAUAAGAGAGUCCACACAGGACAGAAGCCUUUUGCCUGUGACACCUGUGGAAAAAGCUUUUGUCAAAAGGCAAAUUUAAACAGACACGUGAGAGUCCACACAGGACAGAAGCCUUAUGCCUGUGAACACUGUGAACAAAGAUUUACCUAUAAGACCAGUUUAGACAGUCACAUGAUCGUCCACACGAGGCAGAAGCCUUUUUCCUGUGAGUUUUGUGGACAAAGUUUUAGUCAUAGGACCACUUUAAACACUCACAUUAGAGUCCACACAGGACAGAAGCCUUUUACCUGUGAAGUCUGUGGACAAACAUUUAGUCAUAAGGCAAGUUUAAACACGCACAUGAGAAUCCACACUGGACAGAAACCUUUUGCUUGUGAGCUCUGUGAACAGAGAUUUAGCCAUAGGACAAGUUUUAACAGACACAUGAGAGUCCACACAGGACAGAAGCCUUUUGCUUGUGAGCUCUGUGGACAAAGAUUUACUCAAAAGGAAACCUUAAUCAAUCACACCAGAACCCACACCGGAGAAAAGCCAUUUGUCUGUGAGCUCUGUGGGAAGAGCUUCAGUCAAAGGAAAGACGUAAGCGUCCACAUGAGAGUCCACACAGGAGAGAAGCCUUUUGUCUGUGAGCUCUGUGGAAAACGCUUUAUUCAAAGGUCAAACUUAAACACUCACAUGAGAGUCCACUCAGGAGACAGAGCUUAAAGAGUAAGUCACUGACAAGUGCUAAACGGUAUAAACAAAUAUCUCACAAUGCCGUAGACGAGUGAGAUAGUUAUUUUGGCCUUUUAGUUCAUCCUAAAUGUUAAAUAUUCAGCCUUAAACUGCCAGUGUAGCGCCCUCUUCAGGUUAAAGCUCUGCAAUGCAUUGAGUUUGAAUAUCGGCAUUGUUAGAGGUAUCCUGUGACCUUGUUGCUACCGUAUUAUGUCAGCAGCAGUGUUCCUGUGGAGUGUACAGGCAGAAGAGUCUCGGGCUCGGCUUCUCCAUAGCUAGAUUUAGGAAAGCAAGCUUUUACGGCUCAACCCUGGCUUCUGGAUCAGUCUUGUACCCUAGCAGCUGCCCGUUACCCUGGGUCAGAUCUGCAUUCGGCCCACGAGCAACUUCUUCCUGGCCUGUGAGCCACAUGUCGUAAAUGUUUCCAUGUAGAGGCGGAGCCGUACCACAACGAUGGGCUUCAGCCUGAGCUGCUGUCCUUAGGGUCCACUUGUAGAGUGCUGCAGCAGAUCUUUUAGCAUGGCAUCUGUACUCAGCUGUUAAAUAGUUUCUCUUGUAGGACCGUUCACCAGUGGGUUGUGGGUUGUAACUACGGGUCUUUUCAGUUGUUGCUGUCUGUCGAACUAGGAGGCGGGGCUUUAAUGUGAGAACACAUACCACAGAAAGCAGGCCAGAGUGAGCGAGGGGAUGGGAUUAGGUUGGUGAGGUGAUGACCUUUAUUACAUCUGAUCCAUGUUCGGUGUUAGGUUUUGUCCAGGAAACACUAUUAAUAAUGAGAAUAAACAUCUGCUGAUGAAUAUUCUGAAAUCUGCUGCUGAUGGAUCAAACUGGUGAAGCUCAUGUCCUUCUAGAACUGCUGUUAGGAGCCUCCACCGGGUCUCAUCUGCUUCCUAGUUGGUGUCUCUGCAACGCUGUGAGUGAUCAGACACAACGGCUCUUAAGAGCCACUCCACACCUUUAGAUGCAAACAAGCAUUCCAGCUUCCUGUCAUCACCUGGAGAGAUCUCAGUCUAGACGGAUCCUAUCGGAGCUAGUCCACAGGUGCCUGAUACCGAGAUGUCCACUCCACCCGCAGUGUCCAUCACGACCUCUUGACCCCCUGGAUCGCACAAGAGAAUCGUAGACUCAACAGAUUGCGUUGGAUGGUUUUAUAAACAAAUCUGUGGUUUACCAAACAAACAGCCGAGUUCUUUUACAACCCAGACUCCACUAACUCUCUCAGACACUUGAGAAACGUCUAGCUUCCAUUGCAACAUUCACAUUAAAUCACCUCAUCUGCAUUACAUCACAUAUCCAGGGUAUCUGCAUGUUUACGGGAGCCAAAUUUAAGACUUUUUAAGGACCCGCGGAUACCCUGAUAUCAUUCUAUCAUUCCAGUCAUACCUUGUCUUGUAUAAUUAU